UGAGGUGUUGUGUUAGCAGAGUGGGUCCAGCAAAGGGAGGGGGCGCUGAGAGCGGGGUGUAUGAGCAGGCUGAGACACACACACACCUUCCUACUGACUCAGGCCCAAACACAUGCCCAGCUCCAGUCCUGUCUUCAGCCCCAAACCCUGCCAGCACAGGGCCCUGCCCAGCCCAGGUCCCAAACCUCCCUACAGAACCAGUCCCAGUGGGGAGGCUGUGCUCUGGUCCUGCUGGUUGAGCUAAUGGAUCUCCAGGAGGCCCAGGUCUCUGCAGUGCUGUCAACUCUACUGGACAGGGGUGAACAGUGCCUGCUGUCCCUGAUAGAAGAGCAUGAGUCUGAACUCAGAGAGCCUCGACUCUCCUGCUUGCUAACACUCCUCACCUCUAACUCCUGCCUGACCUCGGACCCCAACACACUACUGACUGUUGUUGACCCCUGCCUGGGGCCUUCUGACUCAAUCUCAGUCCAGAACAUCUCCUCAGCCUCCCCGCCCACAGACCUGACCAGAGGUGACCCAGAACACCAACACACAGGGGACCUCUGCACAGGCUGUGGGACGGCCCUGGCCCCGGAGGACCUGCCCUAUCUGGAGAUCCUGUGUGUUUCAGACACCAUACACUCCCUCGACACACACCACACACCCUCUGCCUCCAAUGGAUUCUCUGCAGAGCGAGAGGUGUGUGAGGGACAAGAGGCGAGGGAGGGCAGCCACAGAAAGACUCCUCAGAGCUAUGAGAAGCAGGGUUCUCUCAUCACUCUGGCCUGGAGCAAACCACCGGAUGGAGACACUGAGCAGCAGACAGGAACAAUCAUGUCUACUGCAACAGAGCAACAAGAGGAAGUGGGUGAGGUGAGUGUGCACUGUGACACACACAACACCCCCGGGUACACACCCUAUGACGCACCUGGACACAUACACUACAACGACACAACCAGAGACACAGACAAGGUGAAGGUGUUGGACUCGUCUCUGUUCCAGUACAGCUCUGAGGUUGAACAGCUCUUACCGCCUUCAGAUCAGCACCCCAUCACAGGCCAGGAGUUGGUGAUGGAGCAGUCAGAGAAGACAGAAACACUUUCUAAUGUGCCCACACACACCCCUAUCACACACACUGAGGAGCCUCCAACAUGGGGCAGAGCCCAGCAGGAGGCUGAGAAAAGGCACGGAAGUCCACCUGUCGAUGAGGAACAUACUGAUGACCUCACUGCUUUGGGAGCCAAUGGAAGUGCUUACCUGCGCUCUUUGGGAGGGGAGAGGGAGGACAUGACAGACCUCUGGGCCCUGAGUAGACCUGCACCCCUUAAAUCAGCCCAGGAGACCCUCAACACCCCACACACUACUCUAGAGGGAGACAGAUCGAUGGAGGGAGAGAAAACAUUGGGGAGUGUGAUGGAGAGAGAGAGGACAUUGGAGCCAGUCUCUAUGAUGGAGAGAGAAAACAAUGCGCAGCUUGGUGGACCUGCAGAGGAAGGUGGAGCAGAAACAACAGCGAGACAGAGAGAGACAAUUACUGAGGGUCCAGGAGCGGCUGUCAAUCAUUCAGAACAAGAAGUCCCAGGAAGACCUGAUGGGCCUCAGACAGACUGACAGACUCCGACACCUCACACAUAACCUGCCCCAGGCGGAUAAGAGCCAGCAGAAGACAGUGGUCAGAGAAAGACUGGAGCAGCUGAGGAGAGAACGCUCCUAUGUCAUGCAGUCCAAACGAGACAGGAAUACAGCAGGCUUCAAGGAGCUGCUGGGUCCAGUGAGACUCCACAGUGCAGAGACAGACGACCCUCUGACUCACUCAGGCUAGCCACCAGCGCAAGCUAAUUAUGCUAUUACUACACAGCUGUCUCACUAGAAAUCUGCUGGUAUUUGCUGGUUCAAGUCCCGCCCCGGCUGAUCCCCCCUCAAUCUGUCAGUCACUACACUACUACCCACCCUGUUUACAAGCCACAUUAGCCAUUUCUGGCUUCUUCUGUCAUUGGCUAAUACUGUAGCCUGAUAAGUGGAUGAACACAAAAACAGAGCUGAUGGUG